UGAGGUGUAUUGGAUUGCGUAGGCAAGAGUGCGCUGAGGCAUAGUUGGAAAAUGCAGUCUGCCCUGUGCUAAUGUGAUAGGAUCCCCCUUGUCUUUCUCAAGUCCUCCGAUGGGUUGACUGGUGAAGUUUUAUACAACUUUCCUACUCUGUUUCAAGAAUGAUUGAAGAGCGUGGACACAGCAGGGAAACCAUGGCAGAGAGAAGACAGCUGUUUGCCGAUAUGAGGGCUCAAGACUUGGAUCGCAUUCGAUUAUCGACUUACAGAACCGCAUGCAAGCUAAGAUUUGUGCAGAAGAAAUGCAGUUUGCAUCUAGUAGACAUCUGGAAUGUCAUAGAGGCCUUCAGAGAGAAUGGUCUCAACAACAUGGACCUCAGCACUCAGUUCACUGUGGCUCGGCUGGAAGCAAUACUGUCCACCAUCUUCUACCAGCUGAACAAACGCCUGCCAACCACCCAUCAGAUCAACGUGGAGCAGUCCAUCAGCCUGCUCCUCAACUUUCUGCUGGCCGCUUACGAUCCGGAAGGUCACGGGAAAAUCUCUGUCUUUGUCGUCAAGAUGGCCUUGGCAACCAUUUGUGGAGGAAAGAUGAUGGACAAAUUAAGAUAUAUUUUUUCACAGAUAUCUGACUCCAGUGGUAUAAUGGUUUACGCCAAGUUUGACCAGUUCCUGAAAGAAGUCCUUAAACUGCCCACCGCCGUGUUUGAAGGCCCCUCGUUCGGCUACACUGAGCAGGCUGCGAGAUCCUGCUUUGCACAACAGAAAACGGUCUCCCUGAACACUUUCCUGGACACGCUGAUGUCGGAUCCCCCCCCCCAGUGCCUGGUGUGGCUGCCGCUGAUGCACCGUCUGGCUAACGUGGAGAACGUAUUUCACCCAGUCGAAUGCUCCUACUGCCACAGCGAGAGUAUGAUGGGAUUCCGCUACCGCUGCCAGCAGUGUCAUAAUUACCAGCUUUGUCAGGACUGCUUCUGGAGGGGACAUGCCAGUGGUUCCCAUAGCAACCAGCACCAGAUGAAGGAGUACACAUCAUGGAAAUCUCCCGCAAAGAAGUUAACAAACGCUCUGAGCAAGUCGCUCAGCUGUGCUUCCAGUGGUGAACCUCUGCACCCCAUGUUCCCUGACCAGCCUGAGAAGCCACUCAACCUAGCCCAUGUCGUUGAUACUUGGCCUCCUCGACCAGUAAACAGCAUGAACGACUCCAUGUUUUCCCACUCUGUCCCCACCUCAGGAAGCCCUUUCACAAGCAAAAGGUGUUUGGGCGGAAGCCCACCUACCCCUCUCCCAGGAGGUGACCGGGGACAGGCUGAUGAGCAUGCUCUAAUUAAGCUGUAUGUAAGUCAGCUGAUCGAAGACCGACGGUCAGUAUGUCGCUAGACAGCGCCCCCUAGUGAUUACUGCCUCGCCCCAAUAGCCUCUCCCAGCUUCAUAGCAGACGACCCGCUCCGCAGUAGCCAUGUAGCAUCCACCUGCCUUUUCUAACUGUACACUAACAAAUUCAGAAAGAUGUCUCAUUUUAUCGCUUAACGUUUUAUUCCUACUCUGGUUUCCAUCCUUGUCUUCUUCCAUGGGAAUCAUAAGUUUAGCUGCCUACCCAGAAUGCAUAAGUGCAGCGAUGUUUUAAACUCUUAGGGACCGCUUUUGAAGUCCCUGGUUGAUUAAGCUUAAGAGACUUCACAAAAGUGAUUUCCAUAAGUUUUACAUCAUAGAGGGUGUGUACAUUUUUUAAGAGAAUUCUAAAAAAAAAAAAUAGAUCAUUAUUCCCAUGGUUAAGAACAUUUUGGACACCUGGCCUUUCAAAUAAUCUUAAAUUUAUUGUGUAAAAUUGCUACUAGAAUAGUAUGGAUUUCAUAGUUCAUUGCUUGUUUUGUUCAUUUUUUUUUUUUUAACUAUUAUACCGGACGCCAAAUGAUGUUCGCUGAAUGGUGAGAUUUUCUCCACUGCCUUCUUUGAUUAGUUUUUCUUAUAUUCUUUUGUACAUUUUCAGUGUUGGAGCAAUGAACAGAUAGAAAGUAUCAUUUUAAAUAUCUUCCCUUUGCGAUCCUGAACUGGAUAAGCAAUUAAUGGAAGACUGAUGGAUUUAUGGUUGCCUUUUUCGGAUUGAACUUUAUUCAAUUCAAUGUCUGAUUCUAUGAUGGCUUUUUAACAAACAUACCAUUUCGUCUUGCUGGUAAAGAGAGUAGAGGCCUAUUUAAAGGUGUAUUUAAAAUUUAUUUAUGUUCAGAAACUUAAUAUUGUUAGUUAUGACUGCACUUUGUUGUCAUUUGUUUAGUUUGUCAGUAUUAUCAAAAGCAAUAUUUAUAUUGUGUGAAAAUGUGUUUAUAUUUCAGUGUUUUAUGCUGUUUACAUAUUUACGCUUUUAACUAGAAAUUUGUUUAUCAUUGUUAACCAGUUGACAAUCAAACAAUCAUGAAAUCAGAUAUGUUAAACAUUUAAGCUUAUGUUUUGAGUUAUUACGACAAUGGUCAUUUCUUAUGAAUAUAAAUUACAAUGCAUUUUAAUUAUAAUAUAAUAAUUUGUUUUAAAAUCACUAGGUUUACAUGAAUCAAUUUACCUAGAAUAUUAUUCAUAGACCCAAACUUCAGAUCUUUUCAACUGUGUAAUUCUGUUCUCAAAGUUAAAUGGUAACACUUCACUUGAUGAGGCUCAAAUACUUAGUGAUAAAUCAGUUACUACUGAAGUACGAAUUAUGAGCGAAUUUAGUAGCUACUUGAGAUAAAAGAUGCGUUAUGAUUCAUUAAUGAUGAACAAACAUGAGAUUAUUAUUUCACUUGUGUUAUUCAUUACUUGUUCUUUCAGUAGUUCCUUCAGUGGCUCGCAAAGGUUUAUCGAAUGAACACAUAUAGUGACAGAUAUAGUAAUUGCUUGAUAAAACAUGCACAAUGAUUCAUUAAUGAAUUAACAUGAGAUCAGUAUGUAACUACAACUUGGUUUAUACAUAAGUAAUAGUAUAAUAGCAUAUUAUUUGUGCUCCAUCACGUGAAGUGUUACCAGUUAGAUAAGUAACAGAGAAGAAAAAAUAAAGUGAGUUAAGAUGCACAGGUAAUAGUUGUUUGCUUCGUCGGCACAAGAAUGGAGAAUCGGCUUAGGAUCGGAUGUUUGCAUCUAUGUCAUUAGGUUGGAUUAUCGAUAAACGCCAGUUCUUUGGGGUUGACAUCUAUUUUUACAUUAUUAGCAUAUGUCAAUGGGGUUCGAACCAAAUAUUCAAAUUUGUUUUAGUGUAAAUUUGCAGAAUGCAGAUAUAUUAUGAAAGAAAUAAUCAAAGAGCACAUUCAGAGCAUCAGUAUUACAGUACUAUGGUUUAAAAGGUCAAUAGAACACUGUAUGCUUCUUUAGCUAUGAUGCCCAAACGGAAGUGGUCCUUUCUGCGCGUUCAAUGUUCCCAGACCAGCUGCCACGACGGCUAAGCUAGUGAUACAGCCUAGAGCAGCCACACAUCUCACAGAAUUCAAACUCAACCUAGGUUUUUCCUAAAAGGCCCAUCAGGAAAUAUGAUGCUAAACUAACCCUUUGUCCAGCUACCUUCCAGGUAAAUCCGAUUUAAAGAUGUGUACCUAAAUCCCAAGGUCUAAGGAAUAUGUACUAUAUUCAC